AUGAACUUGGAUGAACCACAAGAGUUUCGCGAAGAGCUCUUGGAAUGUGUAAAAUUAAUUAAAUUACCAAAAAAAGAUUAUACUCAGAUAUUAUUCACACAAAUCGGACUCGAACCAUUUACUCUAUCGAAAACU